AUGUUGGGGGCCAUCUCGCUGGCCUACCUCCUCGUCUUCCGAGCUUUUGGGGCUGUUCUGCCGCGACAGGACGGCGAAGCGCAGACCGGAUGGCCGCCUCUACAGUUCACUCAGGACGGCACGUUUCACAUUUCCGUAUUUGAGGAUCUGCACUUUGGAGAGAGUACCUAUGCUCAGUAUAUCCACUCGGCGUGCCGAUUGCUGUGCUGACGUGUCCACUAGACGCAUGGGACCAAUGGGGCCCCCAGCAAGAUAUCACUUCCGUCAAAGUGUUGAACGAGGUGCUCGAUGCCGAGACACAGCAACUGGUGGUCCUCAACGGCGACCUCAUCACCGGCGAGAACUCUUUCAAGGAGAACAGCACCGACAAGAUCGAUCAGAUCGUUGGUCCGAUCGUGCAACGAGGUGCGCUGCAGUUGCCCGCCCCUAUCGUCGGAUGCCACGCUGACGCCUCCAGGGCUGCCAUGGGCCUCCACGUACGGCAACCAUGACAGCGACUUCAACCUCAGCCGGAGUGCCAUUCUGGCGCGCGAACGUCAAUAUCCCAACGCGUUGACGACACAGAGCGUCUUCGGGCGUGAUGCCGGAGUGACCAAUUACUACUUGCCGGUGUAUCCUUCUGCAGGUGGCUCCGUGCCCAGUCUGAUCCUCUGGUUCUUUGACAGCAGAGGUACUGUCGUAGAUCAAGACGACUCGCCGAAUCAUGCUGACAGACGCAGGCGGCUUCUACUACCAAGAACGCACUUCGACCGGCGAAAAGGUCGGACAGCCCAACUGGGUGGACCAGAGCGUGGUGGACUGGUUCGAAUCGACCAACGCAUCCUUGGCCAGCCAGUACGGAAAGACGAUCCCAUCUCUGGCCUUCUUCCACAUCCCUACGAACGCCAGCGUCGCUCUGCAACAAGAGGCCGGAAUAGACCCCAACCGCCAGCCAGGCAUCAACGACGACUACCCGCUCGCGCCCCAGGCGGCCGGAGCCUGUCCCGAUGGCGUCGCGAACGGCACAUGCAUGUACGGCGCACAGGACGUGCCCUUCAUGCAAGCCAUCACUUCCACGCCGGGUCUCAUGGCCGCGUUCAGUGGGCACGACCACGGAGACACCUGGUGCUACAAGUGGGAUCGCACGCUCCCGGGCACGACCCUGGAUGGCAACGGACUCAACCUCUGCUUCGGCAGCCAUUCGGGGUACGGGGGCUAUGGAAACUGGGUGAGCGCCUACAUCCCCGUACUCGAGUCCAGGACGGUCCACUGACAACUCGGGUCCUCGUGUACAGACACGAGGCGCGCGCCAGAUUUUGGUGUCGGAGAGUAUGCUGCAAGACCGCAUCGUCGACACCUGGAUUCGGCAAGAGACAGGUGACGUCGUCGGUUCAGUGCGUCUCAACUCUACGUACGGUCAAGACAUCUAUCCCGAGGUGAGUGCAUGAAAGGGGAAAAACCAUCUACGACAGAUCUUUCACCUGAUUCAGCUAUCAACGGCCAACUAUAUCCCUCGCUUGGCGAAAGUCCCCGCGAAUCACUAG